AUGCCAUUUCAACCACCUACAAGACCACAUUCAGCCAAUCCAGGUAUGAACCCCUCUAUAUUCCCUCGAACCGUAUCAUCUUCAUCAGUCUACAAGCACAUUCCAUCACAUCAACAACAGCAACAUCAACAAAAUAGUAAUCAGCAUCAACACCAACAUCAACAUCAAAUACAACAACACAAAUCAUCUUCAAUGACUUCAUUCGGUAAAACAUCAACAACAGAAGAUUGGGAAGAUGCGUGGGAUUCAUCGUCUGAUAAAGAAGAUGAUAUCAAAGCCACAAAUACAAAUAUAACUGUAAAUACAAAUACGAGUGAACCUAUGGAAAUCAGUAAAAGCGUUCCUAUACCUGUCAAAAUAGCGAACAACAAUAAUAAUUACUCUCAAUAUAGGAAUGGAAAUACGAAUGGUAAUGGUGAAUUCAGUUUCACUCCUGGAUCGGGAUCUGGCUCUGAUAUCAUAUCUGGUUCAGGAGAUAAAGAGGUUUCAGCAAGCUGGAACUCAACUUCCUAUCAUCAUGUAUCACCACCAAGUCCCAUAGUCAGACCAUCUUUACUUCAAGCUAAAACAUAUACGGAAGGUGCCAUACCCCCUGCUCCCGGAACGAGUAUACCAGAUUCCUAUGGUGGGAAAUCUAAUGGAACAGGAUCCAAAUUGCCUCCUGGAGGUGCAUGGGAGAUCGUUGAACCAUCGGAAAUAAGGGAAGACAUACAGCAAGGAGAUUUACCUAUACCAGAGAAAGUCGGGAAAGAAGCUGUCAAAGAUGAUGUAGAGGAUAUCUUGAUAGACCCCUUAAAGCUACUAUCGAAUCUUUCCUUGGAUGCACCUCAGACUCCAAAUUCGACAGAUCCAUCAUCAUCCUUCCCAUUCUUGACUCCAACUUCAUCGUAUCCCCAAACUCCUUCAACAGCAAAUUCAGCUUCGCCAGAUGCCUCAACGUCAUAUACGAUAUUACCAUCUACACCACGUACGCUGACUCGAAAAGAAGGACUUGGCAGACAAAGAAGUGUUAGGACAGAAAGAAAAAGAGAGAAAUUCGGUAGAGUUUUAAGAGGAAGAGAUGGAGGUGGAGUGGAAUUGGGUGAAUUGAGGAAAUUGGCUUGGAACGGUAUACCGGAGGAAGUAAGAGGUGUUGUUUGGAUGUUAUUGCUUAACUAUCUGCCUCUACCGGUCCAACCACGUCUGACAACCUUGAAUCGAAAACGGAAAGAAUACACACAGUUAGUAGAUCAGUAUUUUGGAAGGGGAUUGGCUUCGCUUGAUCAACAGAUAUGGCAUCAGAUUGAGAUAGAUGUACCGCGUACAAGACCUGGUGUAGCUUUAUGGGCUUGUGUCAAGACUCAACGGAGUUUGGAGAGGAUUUUAUAUGUCUGGGCUAUACGACAUCCUGCUUCUGGAUAUGUACAGGGCAUCAAUGAUCUAGUAACGCCUUUCUUUCAGGUAUUUCUGGGUGCUUAUAUAGAUACCGAUCCGGAGCUAUUUGAUAUUGCACAUUUACCUGAAAAUGUCCUACAAGCUAUAGAAGCAGAUACCUUCUGGUGUUUGACAAAGCUUCUAGAUGGCAUUCAGGAUCACUACAUAUCUCAACAACCUGGUAUUCAAAGGCUAGUCAAGAGAAUGGGCGAUCUGGUCAAACGGAUAGAUGCUCCCUUAGCAGCUCAUUUCGAAGAACAAGGAGUUGAAUUCAUGCAAUUCGCCUUUAGAUGGAUGAACUGUCUUUUAAUGAGAGAAAUCAGCGUUAAAUGCACCAUAAGAAUGUGGGAUACAUAUCUUGCUGAAGGUGCAGAUGCUUUCUCGCAAUUCCAUCUAUACGUCUGUUCCGCUUUAUUAGUCAAGUAUUCGGAAAGAUUAAGGGAAAUGGAUUUCCAAGAAAUGAUAAUGUUCCUUCAAUGUUUACCUACGCAACUAUGGACUGACCACGAGAUUGAAUUAUUACUUUCGGAAGCAUACGUCUUGAAGAUGGUUUGGGCAGGAGCUGAAAAUCAUUUCGCAAAUUUACCUAAUGGGAAUCAAGGUCAAUUUGGUAUGUUAGGAAGAUAA